AUGUCAAUUCAUAGAAACAUCGCUAUUCUCGGCGCUUUUAUCCUUUCAGUCGUUUUCCUCGGCGCGCUGUACCGCUACGACGAUAUUUUACCCAGAAAUGCGAUGCAGAACCGGAGCGGUGAAAAGCGGCGUUAUAUCUUUGUCGAUCUCGGUGCGAAUAACGCAGACUCAUUAGAGACCUUUUUGCAACAUGACGGCGCUAAAUUUGCCUACAAUUUUCCCCGUCCCGACUGGGCGACGCACGAACAGGCGGAGAUUUUCCUAUUCGAAGCGAACCCAUACUUUAAUACGGCGCUCGUCCAAGCCAAAGAGAAAUAUACUGCCCUAGGCAUAAAGGUUACCAUCUUUCCCUCAACCGUUGUCGAUAUCAGGGACGGCACACGCACUUUCUAUCUCGACACCGUUAACUCCGCCCAAGACUUCUGGGGCUCAUCUAUCUACGCGAACCACCCAGACGCCGUAAAGUCCAAAAGCAACGGUACCGAGCUCUCUGCUAUUAACUUAUCUCGCUGGCUACUUAUGAACACACUUCCCCGCGACUUUGUCAUCGUAAAGAUGGAUAUCGAAGGCUCGGAGUACCAGAUCCUUCCUCACAUGGCAGACAUGAGCGUGUGGACAGUCGUGGACUACCUCCUCGUUGAAUGGCACUCCUUUGGCCUGACCGAAGAAGAGCCCUUGGCUAGGGCUGCCGCAGAAAAGCUCAAGAAUGAGGGCGUGCAAAUGCCCCCCUAUGACUCUGGAGCUUGA